AUGAAUUUACCGGAUAAAGUCACAUGUGAAAUGAACAUAUCAAAAUGGCGAGAAGCGCUACAAGUGGGCAAUCUUCUACCAGAAUACCAAGACGUGAUCGAUGGUUUCACCAACGGUUUUGAUCAAGGAAUCCCUCAACACAUAAUUGAAGGAAAACAUUGGUUCACACCAGAAAAUCAUAAGUCGUCAUUACUAGUAAAAGAUAAAAUCGAAGAGUCAAUAUCAAAAGAAUUAGAAGCUAAAAGGAUGCUAGGACCCUUUUCGCACCAACAACUGAAGGAAACCUUUGGGUUCUUCAGGUCCAACCCCUUGGGUGCGGUAGUCAACGGAGACGGUCAAAUCCGACCGAUUAACGACUUAUCAUAUCCAAGAAACGAUCCAGAUAUCAGAUCAGUAAACUCAUACGUAGAUAAAAGCGAUUUCGAAACUACUUGGGAUGAUUUCAAGAUAGUUUCGAAAUUCUUCGCUGAAAAUGAUCAAAAAUUCGACUUAGCGCUAUUCGAUUGGGAAAAGGCUUACCGUCAGAUCCCGACGAGGCAAGACCAGUGGAAGUAUCUUCUAGUUCACGACUUUGACGGGAACCUUCUGAUAGACACACGCAUUACCUUUGGAGGCGUAGCGGGUUGCGGUUCCUUUGGCCGACCAGCGGACGCUUGGAAACUUGUAAUGAAAAAUCACUUCAACCUAGUCAAUGUUUUUAGGUGGGUAGACGAUAACCUCUUUGUCAAAGAGGUAGAUGAAAACCUUUCAAUGAGAGAGAUAGUGUCGAAAUCUACAGAACUGGGGGUGAUGACAAAUAUCAAGAAAUUCUCAGACUUCACGGCAGAACAAAAAUUUAUAGGAUUUGUGUGGAAUGGACACCUCAAAACUGUGAAACUCCCAGAAGGCAAGAUUGAGCAGAGACUGGCUCAGAUCCAUCCUUUCCAGGUCAAAAAAGCGAUGUUCGACUAUGAGGAGGCAGAAGUCCUAGUGGGGAGACUCAAUCACGUCUCUUAUAUCCUCCCACACAUGAGAUGCCACUUAUGCUCUCUAUACAAGUGGCUGAAAUCCUGGAUCUGGCGGAAAGCGAAACGAGCGACCCCGGUAGAUGUCCUUGAAGACCUAGACGUUUGGGUGAAUACGUUGAAUAACUUCGAACAUACACGUCUAAUAAACUGGGGCCCACCGUUAGAUGUCGGAUGGGUGGGUGAUGCUUCGACAUCCUUUGGAAUUGGAAUACUCGUCGGGAAGCACUGGGCUCAAUUCAAGCUUAUCGACCCACAAUCGAACCAAAAACGGAUUUUGUUUUUAGAAACGGUAGCGAUACGGCUAGGCCUCCUCAUGCUACUCAAGUUGAGAAGUCAAAAAGGAAAAUCACUUAUUGUCUGGACUGAUAAUACAACAACCGAGAAUAGUAUCAACAAUAAGAAGACGAAGGACGCUGAAGCAAACAAUGAGUGGAAGAAAAUCCAAGAAGUAUUAUUAAGGGAAUCAGUCAAUUUGGUGGCAAGGAGAGUAAAAUCUAAAGACAACAAGGCAGAUGCCUUGUCGCGAGGGAUACGCAUAUCCCAUCGUCUUCAAUUCAUUCUGCAUCAGAAAUCAAUGCCUGUUACCUCAAACGACUCGUUCCUAUCCUCAAUUAGAGACUUUACUUCGCGAGGACAUUUACUUCAUACCCCUAGCCGACUAGACCAGCACGUCCUUAACGGCUGGUCCAAAUCUACUCUUAAGGGAUACAACUCCGCAGUGCGGAAAUUUCUCACGUUCAAGAAGACUUCCGGCCAUCCUUGCUUUACCCUACCGGCUGCCGAGGAAGAUAUAUACGGGUUCUGCUUCUGGGCAGGAAAGAAGGACUCAGAUGGCGGCGAAACCGGAGUGCUCAGCGUUACCCUCAAAAAAUACCUUCAAGGGUUGAAAGCCUGGCACAUCUUUCACAACUCACCAUAUCCUCUGAUCUCAGAGAAGAAAGUAGGCCUCCUUUUGAAAGCCUCUCUCAAGGUUGAGGCGCAGGCGGCGAAGAAAGAACCGAAAAAGCCAGUAAUGAUAGAACACCUGGUAGUUUUAGCGAAUGACCUAACGUCAGGAGAUUUAGAAGACGCCGCGGUACUCGACUUAGCGUUGGUAACCUUCUGGAGCCUAGCAAGAUUGGGCGAAGUAACACAUGAUCCGUCCAACCCAGGCCGAAGGAUUCUACGAUGCGACAUUACGAUCAGCAACAAUGGCUUGUCAGCGACCAUCGAACUGAAAGAAUCCAAGACGGCCUUACCGGGAGAAUCCCAGUUCCUCCAACUGAAGCAGAUGCCGAACUGCCUUUGCCCAGUCAGGGCUCUGACACGAAGAAUCUCGUCUUGCGGUCAGAACAAUCACAUCUUCGGCUUUCACAAGGAUGGACGGCAUAUAGCGCUGACUAAAUACUACGCAAAGAAGAGGUUAUCCGCCAUAUGGGCAGCCCAUGGCUUUGAUGGACUCUCCGGCCACUCUUUCCGAGUCGGCGGCGCCUCCUUCCAAAACGCCUUAGGAAUCCCACCCGAGCAGAUCUGCAAGGUGGGCCGUUGGGCAUCUGCAAUCUAUAAGCUGUACAUUAGGGUAUAUUCCUCGGACGAUUUGUCUACGUCCCUAGAAACCUUGUCACGGCUAGAUUUGCAAUGGCGAAUGAUGCCCCCCUCACGGGCGGUAAAUGAGCUUAGAAGAUGGUCUCUCCCAAGACCCUCACGCGCCCCUCCUGAAAACCCUAGAGAUUCUAGGGGACCAGGAAGGGCUACGGGUGGUGCCCCUAACACCUUAGAUAAGACAAGCACCACCCGGAACACGUACAGAGAUGGAAAAAGUGUAGUAGGAUUGGAUUGGGAGAGACAGGAGCGCAUAGCGGAUGUGUCUGAAGUCCAAGACCCCGAACGCUUGGAGCCUUGCCCCGAGCUGAGAGGUCAGGACUGGCCUGGGAAAGCACGGCCCCCUCGCGAAGGAGAGAGGUUAUAA